AUGAGGGAUCUGGAGAAGAAGCCACAGAUGCUGUCUGGAGGUGCGAAGCAGAUCUUCCGGCCUAGGAUUAUUGCUAUGGCUUGUAUUGUCUCCAUGGGUGGUUUCAUCUUCGGUUACGACACCGGUCAGAUCUCUGGUUUCCUGGAGAUGCCCGAUUUCCUUGCAGAGUUCGCAGAUGACCAGGAUCCUGAAACUGGAUUACCCAAGUUCACUAAUGUCAGAUCUGGACUCAUUGUUGCUCUGCUCUCCAUCGGUACACUGGUUGGCGCUCUGAUCGCUGCGCCCAUCUCUGACAAGUUUGGCCGCAAAUACUCAAUCGUUUUCUGGAACAUCAUCUUCUGCGUUGGUGUCAUUGUUCAAAUCACAACCACCAACGCCUGGUACCAGAUUGCCAUUGGUCGCUGGGUCGCAGGCCUAGGAGUUGGUGGUCUAUCAGUCCUCACGCCUAUGUACCAGUCCGAAACUGCUCCACGUUACGUCCGUGGUGCACUCGUCUCGUGUUACCAGCUGUUCAUUACGCUCGGUAUCUUCACCGCAUACUGCAUCAACUUCGGUACCGAGGCUGACACCAGCUCACGCUCGUGGAAGCUGCCCAUGGGUAUUGGCUUCAUCUGGUCUGGUCUCAUGGUGCUCGGUAUCUUCUUCAUGCAAGAGUCGCCCCGCUGGGAGUACCGCCAGGGCAAGAUUGACAAUGCUCGCAAGACCAUUGCACUCACGUAUGGUGUGAACGAAGACCAUGCUGAGGUGCAGCGCGAGAUCAGAGAAAUUGAGAUGAAGAUGGAGGCUGAACGUGCUGGUGGAGCUCAUCACCCUUGGUACGAGAUCUUCACUGGUCCAAGGAUGGCAUACCGCACGCUGCUUGGUAUUACGCUGCAGAUGCUUCAGCAGCUCACUGGUGCCAACUACUACUUCUACUACGGAACAACGAUCUUCAGCUCGAUCGGUCUCUCCAACUCCUACGUGACCUCCAUCAUCCUUGGCGCCGUCAACUUUGGCUGCACGUUCCCCGGCCUCUACAUUGUCGAGAAGUAUGGCCGUCGCCCCGCACUCAUCUACGGCGCACUGUGGAUGUUUAUGUGCUUCCUCGUCUUCGCAUCGCUGGGCCACUUUGCGCUUGGACCCGAGGACAACCAAUCUCAGGGCGUUGGAUAUGCCAUGAUCGUCUUUGCGUGUCUCUUCAUCGCUGCGUUCGCGUCGACAUGGGGACCUAUCGUCUGGGCCGUUGUGGGCGAGAUCUACCCCACCAGGUACAGAGCCAAGUGCAUGGCGCUCGCAACAGCCAGCAACUGGGUCUGGAACUUCCUGCUCUCCUUCUUCACGCCCUUCAUCACCUCUGCCAUCGACUACCGCUACGGCUACGUCUUCGCAGGGUGCUGUUUCGCCGGCGCCGUUGUCGUAUACUUCUUCCUGUGCGAAUCGCAGGGCCGCAGUCUCGAGGAGAUCGACACCAUGUACAUUCUUGGCGUCAAGCCGUGGAAGAGCAAGCACUGGGUUCCUACUGAGGGCGAGGAGCUGCCGAACUUGGAUAACACGUAUCUUACGCCUGGUGCGAGGGGCAUCAAUAAGAAGCAGGAGGCAAGAGUGCCGGAGCAGGCGAUGAUGGAGAGGGUGCCUGAGAGUGAGAUGCAGAGCAGUGGUGCCGCGGCCCCGGCCGGGGGGAGAGGAAAGGUAGAGUAA